CCUAUGAAAAAACGUAAACACUAAACAAACAAAUUUCUCUUUUGACAGGAGAAGUCGUACGUCUGUGUGGGUGAUGUGUGUCAGAACAUACAUCACUUAAAACUUAAAUGUAAAUGUAAUUAUUGCAAUGACUCACAUUCACAUUCUUUGUGAACUCGUCGUAUAUUGAACUUUUGACGCUCACCAUGGAAGGUAUUUUAGACGAAAUCAACAUCACUUACAACUGGAAAAUUAUCAACGAAAAGAAAAUAAAAAAUGCUGUAACAGUUUUCAACCCAUCGAGCAGUAUUGAAAUUGACGAGAUCGUCUCUUUGGACUCUUGCAUCGCUUUUUCCCAGCAAGACGAAGCAACUGGCCCACUUGAAAUUUUCAUCGACGUGGUCAAUCCUGGUCAUGUGAUAAAAGGUGUCUGGUUAGUCUCAGAGGCUAAAAUAUUGGAGGUGUUUGGAAGAUUAGGAGAAUACGAAAGCACAACUAAUGCUGUUAAUACUUUGGAAGGAGAAGAUGACGAUGAAAUGCAAGUUUAUAGGGCUAAACUUCCCUUAAGAACUCCCUCCAGAAAAUGUUCGAUUAGGUUUGCCGGAGUAACCAAUGGGAAAAAGGAAAUGUGGCUUUUAGGAAUGGGCAUUGUUCUGGAACCUUGUGUGUCAUCACCGGAAGUUGAAUCUCUUGCUAAACGAGUUGAAAGCAUUUUGCAAGAUUCAAAAGUACCCUUGUCGAAAAGCGCAGAAAAUUUCAAAGCAGUUGUCUUUAGUCAGCCAAGCUUCCAUCAGAAUGCUGAGCAGGAAACGAAAAUUAGUAUUUCAAAGCAGUUGCAGCAAUUUGAAGUCAACAUGAUGAAUCACAUUGACAUGAGGUUUAAGCAAAUGGAAGAAAUGAUAGAAAAAAUUAACAGACGUUUAGAUGGAAUUACAGAAAGCUGUAGAGAUUCCAAUGACACCCUGCAAAGCUGAAAUUGUUUGAAAAAUAAUUUAUGCUAUUGAAUCAAGAAAGUUUUUUGUUUGACAAAGAAAUUUAAGCAGAAUAAAAAUAUUGAAAUUUUUCACAUGGAA